AUGGCGGGCGACGACGAGCAGCGGCAGCCGCUCCUCGGCAACGAGAGCCAGGGCGACUACGGUGCCUCCACGUCCGGCGGCGCGCCGCCGGCGGCCGAGGGCGAGAGCCGCGAAGCAAUGGAGGCGCGCGAGAUCGCCUACGCCUGCAAGACGGGCCCCGGCGGCCUGAGCAGCGCCGAGGCCGCCGAGCGCCUCGAGCGCUACGGGCCGAACGUCCUCGAGGAGCCGCAGCGCAACGAGCUGCUCGUGUUCCUGGGCUUCUUCUGGGGGCCCAUGCCCUUCAUGAUCUGGAUCGCGACGAUCGUCGUCGGCAUCGAGCGGGACUAGGAGGACGUCACGGUUUUGCUGGUGCUACAACUGGUCAACGGCACGGUCGGCUACUUCGAGGAACGGAGCGCCGGGGAUGCGAUAUCAGCUUUGAAAAAGUCCCUGGCGCCCAAGGCCUCGGUCAAGCGCGACGGGCGCUUCACGACGAUCGAGGCCAAGGACCUCGUGCCCGGCGACCGCAUCAACUUGAAAUUGGGCGACAUCGUUCCCGCCGACAGUAAGCUCGGCCCGGGCAAGCCGCUCGAGGUGGACCAGGCGGCGCUGACGGGCGAAUCGCUGCCGGUCACGCGGUCGGCGGACGACACGGUCUUCAUGGGUUCGAUCGUGCGCCGCGGCGAGCUCGAGGCGAUCGUCUGCUUCACGGGCGGCCGGACCUUUUUUGGGAGGGCGGCGGAGAUGGUUAAUAGAGCGGCCGGCGAGCAGCAGGGCCGCUUCCAGCGCGUCAUGUUCCAGAACAUGCUCGUGCUCCUCUCGCUGUCGAUCGUCUUAUGUACGGUCAUCUACAUCAAGCUCUUCGAAAGCGGGCUGACGGCCUUCGACGCGCUGUCGACGACCAUCGUCAUCCUCAUCGCGUGCAUUCCCAUCGCCAUGCAAGUUGUUUCUACGACGGUCAUGGCGGUCGGCGGCCGGGACCUCGCCGAGAAGAAGGCGAUCCUGGCGCGCCUGUCCGCCAUCGAAGAACUGGCGGGCAUGGACGUGCUCUGUUCGGACAAGACUGGGACCUUAACACAGAACAAGCUCGAGCUCUUCGACCCGGUCGUCGUCGACGCGUCGCUCACGCCGAACGAGUUGGUCUUCCUGGCGGCUUUGGCAGCAAAACGCAUGAGCGAGGGCGCCGACGCCAUCGACACGGUCGUCACGAACGCCGUGUCGAACGACGACAAGAAGCGCUUUGAUGAUUAUGACGAAUUGGACUUCGAGCCGUUCGAUCCCGUCACGAAGCGGACGGUCGCGCGGCUGGCGGGCCCCAACGGCAAGGAGGUGCGGAUAGCGAAGGGCGCGACGAAGGUCAUCCUGGACAUGUGCCGCGACAAGGACAAGGUGCGAGCUCAGGUCCUGAGGGCGAACCAGGACCUCGCGGACCGGGGCUUCCGGUCGAUCGGCGUCUGCCGCGACGUGGGCAAGGGCUACGUCUUCGCCGGCGUGCUGGCGCUCUUCGACCCGCCGCGCCACGACACGAGGGACACGCUGGAGAAGGCCCGGGCCAUGGGCGUGCGCGUGAAGAUGGUCACCGGCGACCAGACGGCCAUCGCCGUCGAGACGUCGAAGGCCAUCGCUCUCGCGGAGAAGCCGGUCAUCCUGGACAUGAAGGAGUUCCAGAAGGCGGAGGCCCAGUCCGAGGCUGCGGCGACGAACAUGUGCGAGCGCGUCGACGGCUUCGCGGAGGUCUACCCCGAACACAAAUACCGGAUCGUGGAGCUGCUCCAGGGCGCGAGGCACACGGUGGGCAUGACGGGCGACGGCGUGAACGACGCGCCGGCGCUCAAGAAGGCCCAGAUCGGCAUCGCGGUCGAGGGCAGCACGGACGCGGCGCGCGCCGCGGCGGACAUCGUGCUGACGGAGCCGGGGCUGGGCGUCAUCAUCGACGCCAUCCUCACGGCGCGGUGCAUCUUCGCGAGGGUGCGCAAUUACGUGAUCUACCGGAUAGCGUGUACGUUGCAGCUCGUCGGCUUCUUCUUCCUGGCAUCGCUCAUUUUCGCCCCGGAGGACUACUACUGCUACAUGGACGACGAGCGGAAGAUCGUCGGCUCCUACUUCGACAGCUGCGACUACACGAACCCGGACAGCGGCACGCUCCUCGCCGACGUCGGCGACUGCCACGACUCCGAGGGCGCGUCCUGCGUCUACCCGUACUUCUACCACCCGGCCCAGUUCGCGUUCGCGCUGCCCGUGCUGGGCAUCGUGAUCAUCACGAUCUUAAAUGAUGGCUGCAUGCUGACGAUCGCGCGGGACCACGUCAUCCCGGCGGAGACGCCGCAGGACUGGAACCUGCCGGAGCUGCGGCUCGUGGCCGUCGUCUUGGGCUGCGUGCCGCUGGGAUCGUCGCUCCUGCUGCUGUGGCUCGGCCUGAAGUGCGCCGACGGCCUCUACCCGUCGUGGGCCUUCCUGUUCAACCGCAAGGUGCCGUCGGACUACCAGAACGAGGCGGGCGACCUCUACUACCUGAAGUACGAGGAGCUGCUGAUGCUCAUGUACCUCAAGGUCAGCAUCAGCGACUUCCUGACGCUCUUCUGCGCGCGGUGUCGCGGGCCCUUCUUCUCGCGGGCGCCCGCGGUCCCGCUCUUCUGCGCGUUCCUCGUCGCGACGGGCUCGGCGACCCUCAUCGCCAUGUUCGGCACCGUUUCCGACAAGACGUACCCCAUGUACGCCAUCUCGAAGCAGGCGUGCCUGGUGGUCUGGGUCUACAACCUCGCCUUCUUCCUCGUGCAGGACGCGGUCAAGGUGGGCUGCUACAAGCUCAUGAGCCUGCCCUGCUGCGAGGCGUUCCUGUCGUGCAUCGGCGCGCGGGACGACCCCGUCGAGGAGGACGAGAAGAAGAGGCAUCUGCUCGAGGAGAACGCGGCAUGA